AUGAAAUUUUAUAUUGAUGAUCUUCCGGUUAUUUUCCCUUAUCCAAAAAUAUAUCCUGAGCAAUACCAAUAUAUGUGUGACAUUAAAAAAACACUAGAUGCCGGUGGAAACAGCAUUCUAGAAAUGCCUUCUGGUACAGGUAAAACCGUUUCUUUACUGUCUUUAACAGUUGCAUACCAAAUGUAUUACUCAGAACAUCGUAAAAUCAUAUACUGUUCACGUACCAUGUCUGAAAUCGAAAAGGCUCUUGUAGAGUUGGAAUCAUUGAUGGAUUACAGGGCGAAGGAACUUGGAGAACGAGAACAAUUCAGAGGGCUUGGUUUAACAAGUAGAAAAAAUCUAUGCUUACAUCCGAAAGUACGGAAAGAAAGGAAGGGUGUUGUAGUGGAUGAAAAAUGCAGGCGAAUGACUAAUGGUCAAGCAAAACGUCGCCUUGAAGAGGAUAAAAAUGCCAAUGUUGAACUAUGUGAUUUUCAUGAGAAUCUUUACUCAAUGGAGGUUGAGAAUUACGUUCCAGUGGGAGUAUAUUCGUUUGAGAAACUAAUCAAGUACUGUGAGGAAAGAACAAUGUGUCCAUAUUUUACAGUGCGUCGUAUGAUUUCAAUGUGCAAUAUUAUGAUUUAUUCAUACCAUUAUUUGUUAGAUCCCAAGAUCGCUGAAAGAGUCUCUAGAGAAGUUUCGAAGGACGCUAUUGUAAUAUUUGAUGAGGCUCACAAUAUCGAUAACGUUUGUAUAGAAUCUCUCUCACUUGAUCUUACUAAUGAUGUGCUGAAAAGGGCUGCUAAAGGUGCUACUGCUCUUGCUGAUAAGAUAGAAGAGGUUCGACAAGUUGACUCACAAAAGUUGCAGGAUGAAUAUGAGAGGCUGGUUCAAGGUUUACGUGCAUCUGAUAUGUUGGAAAGGGAGGAAGAGCCACUUGUAGAAUCACCCGUACUUUCUCAAGAUAUACUAUCGGAAGCUAUACCUGGAAAUAUAAGGAGAGCCGAACAUUUCGUAUCAUUUUUGAAGCGGUUCAUAGAGUAUCUGAAAACAAGAAUGAAAGUUUUACAUGUUAUUUCAGAAACUCCGAACUCUUUUCUGCAACACUUGAAACAGCUUACGUUUAUUGAAAAAAAGCCUUUAAGGUUCUGCUCUGAGAGACUUUCACUUUUAGUUCGAACAUUGGAGGUUACUGAAAUUGAGGAUUUUACUGCAUUGAAAGAUAUUGCUACAUUUGCAACACUAAUAUCAACUUAUGAAAGUGGAUUUUUAUUAAUAAUUGAGCCGUACGAAAUUGAGAAUGCAGCAGUCCCCAACCCAAUUAUGAGAUUCACAUGUCUUGAUGCAUCGAUAGCAAUGAAACCUGUCUUUGAGAAGUUUUCUUCAGUUAUUAUAACUUCCGGUACAAUUUCGCCCUUGGAUAUGUAUCCAAAAAUGUUAAACUUUGAGACAGUCCUUCAGGAGUCAUAUUCAAUGACUUUGGCGAAAAAAUCGUUUCUUCCAAUGAUUGUUACCAAAGGUUCUGAUCAAGUUGCUAUAUCUUCUCGAUUUGAAAUUAGAAAUGAUCCUAGUAUUGUCCGCAACUAUGGAUCUAUGUUAGUAGAGUUUGCGAAGAUUACGCCGGAUGGGAUGGUUGUCUUUUUUCCUUCUUAUCUUUAUAUGGAAAGUAUAAUCUCAAUGUGGCAAACAAUGGGUAUUCUUGACGAGGUGUGGAAGUAUAAGUUAAUCCUUGUUGAAACUCCAGAUGCCCAAGAAACAUCUUUGGCUUUAGAAACAUAUCGGAAAGCUUGCUCUAAUGGUCGAGGAGCAAUUCUACUUUCAGUUGCACGUGGAAAGGUUUCUGAGGGUAUCGAUUUUGAUCAUCAUUAUGGAAGAACUGUACUGAUGAUAGGAAUUCCCUUCCAAUACACCGAAUCUCGUAUUUUAAAGGCUCGGCUUGAAUUCCUACGAGAACAUUAUCAGAUAAGAGAAAACGACUUCCUAUCAUUUGACGCAAUGAGACAUGCUGCACAAUGCCUGGGAAGAGUUCUCAGAGGAAAAGAUGACUAUGGAGUGAUGGUGCUGGCAGAUCGGAGGUUUGCAAGAAAGAAGAAUCAGCUACCCAAAUGGAUUGGACAAGCGUUAUCAGACGCCGAUUUGAAUCUGUCGACCGACAUGGCAAUUGCAAAUACCAAGCAGUUCUUACGUACAAUGGCACAGCCUACAGACCCGAAAGAUCAAGAAGGCGUAUCUUUAUGGAAUUACGAACAGCUUAUUAGGUUUCAAAAAGAACAAAAGAGGAAGAAGGGUGAUGUAGAAGGGGGAUUUGACAUUGAGAAUAAGGGUACCAUCAACGAUCUUGACGGUGAUAUUGAAAUGGUUUAA